UCGAGGGGUCCGGAGUCCCGCGAGAUGCACCUCAGUGGAAUCGCGCAGGGAUCCUUGGCAAUGGCGUCUGCAGCUGGGAGCCCUUCUGUGUGUUCUCUUAGUCCAGGAAAAAGGGCAAGACAGGCAGUCCCUCCUAAGCAAGCGAGCAGGGGAGGGUCUGUUCCGCCCCCCAUGCUGUUUAGCAAAUGCGGGCAACUGGAGUUUCGGAGUGUGCCGUCAUCAGUAUGCUGAAGACACACAGUUUUAUUUCUGCUUUUCGGAGCCAGCAGGCUAAUUCUGAAGAAAUGGAACCUGUGGAAGAAACAGCGGACUCAGGGAAAAAAUCUGAGCCUGAGAAUUUGGAGCUUCAGGAGGACCCAACAUAUGUCAAUCCUCUUCUGAAGCCUGCUCUAACUGGUAACGUAGAACAGAUUCAGCAGAUUUUUGAGGACCCAGAGGAUCCUGAUCAUGAAAAAGCCACUCAGCUGCUAAUGGAAAAGGAUAUCAUAGGGAGAGGCUUGCUGUUUGCCACUUGCAUGGCUGGGCAGAGCAACAUUAUCCAGGCACUGGCCAGAUACGGGGUUGAUCUGAAGGAAAAAACAUCCAGAGGUUAUACCCUUCUGCACUGUGCCGCAGCCUGGGGUCAGCUAGAGACUUUGAAAACCCUUGUUGAACUGGAAGCUGACAUUUAUGCAACCACCUUCCGUGGUGAAAAGGCCAGAGAUAUUGCCUGCCGAUACGAACAGGCAGUGUGUGUUAAUUUCUUGGAUUGGGCAGAAGCCAAGCAGAACUUACAAAACCUUAUCUCCCAAAUUCAAGCUACAGUCACAGAUCCUGAGAAAGUCCAGGGAAGGCUUAAUAAAGAAGAUAAGAACGUUUCUCUCAAAGCCUGCCAGGCCAAGUUAGAUUGGCUUGAAAACACCAAAGAGCCUACCAGGCUUGAUUUUAUGGAUCAGAAGCAGCAGCUGGAGGACAUCAUGCUUCCCAUCUUCACAAAGUUGUCUGCACCCCGUUUACAAGACUCCGUUGUCAACAAAAAAGCCACAGUUCCUUCUGGAGAACACUGAAGUGGUUUCAUCCAGCAUGGACAGCACGUCAGUGUUUCCACUGAGGAGUCGAAAUGUAUGUUUUUAUUCAUCUGACCUCCUGUCUCUUCUGAAGAUAAUGCGGUCAUGAUUUGCUCCCCUUUUUCAGAUAUCACGUUUCGGUUUAUUUGUCUGUUUAUAUUGUGUUCUUCAGCUAGCAGAAAGAUGCCCAAACAUGUUUGUGCUGUCUUUUUUGUUUUAUGCUCUGGCAACAAUUUUUGAACAAUUUUUAGGAUCAGCAAAGAGAAAUUACAAUCUAACAACUUUACUCAACCGAUUAAAUUCACACAUGAGCAAACUUUUCAAGUCUUUGUUUACUAUUUUGACUUUUUAACUGUACUUAAUAAAUUAUGGUACUGCAUCUGUUUGGAUUUUUUCAAAUGGACCAACAUGAAUAUAUAUUAUUUUUGUAAAUGGGAGACUGGAUUUUACCUUUGACAAAGACCUUAUUUCUAUUUUUAAAGAACAAAAGAAGAUAACUGCAAUUAAUAAGGAUACAACUAGUGUUAUUAACGUCUAGGGUCUAAGAAAGUAUGGAGCAAUU